AUGCCUGACUACGCUCUCCUUGCCAUUCCAGCCUUCACCUUCCUGGCUGUGGUUCCUCACGCCUACGCACUCUCGACCGUCAAGAAGCACACUCAAUGGUCGAAUGCCAACGGUAGAGGCGAGAGCAACAUUCAGCACGUGAAGAAGACCCUGCCUCCUGCCGUCUUUGCAACCUACGAACGUGCCGAAGCUGCACACAAGAACAGCAUGGAGAGUUUGCCCUUGUUCAUCGCUGCAACUCUGUCUGGUGUCUUUGCCGAGAAGCUCACAAGGACCGAUGUUGGCAAUGCUCAGUUCGCUGCCAUAUUCUUGGGCAUCCGAAUUCUUUACACUCUUCUCUACAUCAACACCUCGUCAGAACAAGCCAGUCACGCUCGUUCCAUGACUUGGACUGCAGGUUUGGCUUUGUGCUUCUACCAGAUCUACAAGGCAGCCGUCGCUCUUGCCUAA